AUGGCCGCCGACGCCGCGGAAAUCAACGUCUGGGGCCAGUGCGGCGGCAGCGGCAACUAUCGAUGCGCAGACGGCAGCACGUGCGUCAAGGUCAACGACGCGUACUCGCAUGCCAACGAGAUUGCGACGUGGGGCCAGUGCGGCGGCAGCAACAACAACUUCAAGGCCAACGGCAAGACGUGCCGCGGCGCCGACACGCGCAAAGUGCACAACGCGUACUACUCGCAGUGCGUCCCCAAGAAGUAG